AUGGUUUGCGAGAAAUGUGAGAAGAAGCUGGGAAAAGUCAUUACUCCGGAUACGUGGAAGGAUGGAGCCCGGAACACAACAGAGGGCGGUGGUCGCAAACUGAAUGAAAAUAAACUCCUGACUUCAAAGAAAGCCAGAUUCGACCCCUAUAGCAAGGGGGGCUUUACCAACUGUAGGAUCUGCAAGAGCUCCGUUCAUCAGUCUGGGUCCCACUACUGCCAGGGGUGCGCCUACAAGAAAGGAAUUUGUGCAAUGUGCGGCAAGAAGGUUCUGGACACAAAGAACUACAAGCAGACCCUCCUACAGCUGCAGCUCUGUCAACGAUCCACAUCUACAGAGGAAGAUCUCGACUCAUAUAGCGUUCAUGAAAAGGAAUCACUAUGA